GCCCACCUUCUUCCGAAUCGAAAGGGCCACUGAUUCGACCACGACCAUGGCCACGGUGCGAUAUAAAUCCACCGAGCGAAGCCUACCGGGCGUUAUUGCUCGGUAAUGUAUCAAUUAGUGAUCGGUUGUUUGAGACGUGCGGUGCGCGUUUGUGGAGAGUUUCUGCUACGGUUAAUCCGGUGGCUGAACGUAUCGUACUGGAUACCAGCACCGCGACCCAACCCACCGGAUACGCUAAACCACAGCAAAUGGGGCACACAUCGGUACAUUAAAAUUCACGACAUCAAGCUGCACUACGUCGAGAAGGGAUCGAGCAGCAAACCGUUGAUGCUGUUCCUGCACGGUUUGCCCGACUUCUGGUACACCUGGCGCCAUCAGAUGCACGAAUUUUCGCGAGACUACUGGACGGUAGCACUCGAUUUGCCCGGCUUCGGUCGCUCGGAACCACCGCUCUACCGGAUCACCUACAAGAUCAACAAUCUAGCACGGAUUAUCGCUUCGCUGAUCAUCGCGCUAGGGAAAUCCGAUUGCAUUCUGGUGGGGAACGGUGCCGGAGCAAUACUGGGCUGGCAGUUCGUUAACCAGUAUCCAGAGAAGGUGUCCAAGUACGUUAUGCUCGGUACGCCUUCGGAAGGCGUACUGCAGCAGCUGUUCGAGCGUAGUGCCAUUCCGGUAGGAACGUUGCUGAAAUCUGCAUUCCUGCUGUACGGCGGCAGUUUACCCGUGCUUCUCGGACGUACUGGUGAUUAUGCGCUGUUUGACGAACUCCUUGGUGCGAAUGCGAAACCACAAGAUCUGGAAGCAUACAAGUACACGUUUGCCCAACCAUCAGCACUAGCGAGAGCGCUGCAAGCUUUUCGAGAAAAUUUUAUCGACUUCUUCCUGGAGGAGUACGACUUCCGCAUACGCAAACCGUCCAGCAUGCCGGGGUUGUUUCUAUUUGGGGAAAAAGAUUGCUUAAUCGAUGCGGAGCAGUACAACGCGUUACUGCUGUCCGUACAUCAACCGUUGGAGACGCGCUUUGUGCCACGGGUAGGUCAGUUUAUGCAUCAGGAUGAUCCUAAAACGGUCAACAAAAGUAUAUCCGAAUUUCUACGAGGCCAUCCAACUCUGCCAACUCGUGUGGUUAAUAAUGAACCGGAGAAGCAGAUAGUGGUAAAAGAAAUAUGCAACAAUUGUUAUGGAAAGGCUUACAGUGAAGCAGAAGCUCAUCAUGAUGAUUGUGUCAACAAUUGCGACGGACAGGAGCAUAAACACGUGUUCAAUACUCCAAGAAUUCCUAUUUGUUCUUAA